AUGUUCUUUCUACUCAGAUCCCAGGCAUUAAAGCAUCUUCCACGACCUCCAAUUCUUCGUGGAGCUCUUUUGACAUCUCAAAGCUCUCUGAUCCACUCUCGAAACAUGGCUACCGGUAAUUCCGCCAAAAUCACUGACUGGGUGAACCCCGCAGACAAGUCGGGCGAGUUCAAGCGCCAGCAAUCGGUCUUCCGCAACUGGAUUUCUAGAGAGGCUGGUGCCCAGUUCCCUCCUGAGAAGGGCCGCUACCAUCUUUACGUCUCAUAUGCCUGUCCAUGGGCCCACCGAACUCUGAUUACACGGAAGUUGAAGGGUCUUGAGGACUUUAUCAGUUUCUCCUCGGUGCAUUGGCAUCUCGGCGAACAUGGCUGGCGCUUCGCUACUGCGGAGGAAAACAUUCCAGGAGAGAACACCAUUCCUGACCCUCUGCACCCUGAUUUCACCCACAUCCGUCAAGUCUAUUUCUCCAAUGACCCAGACUACACCGGACGAUUCACCGUCCCAGUGCUGUUCGAUAAGAAAACCAAGCUAAUCGUCAGCAACGAGAGUGCCGAAAUCAUCCGCAUGCUCUACCACGAGUUUGACGAUCUCCUCCCAGAGCAGUUCAAAAAAGUAGACCCCUUCCCCAAGGCCCUACAGGCCGAAAUCGACGCCUCCAACGACUGGAUCUACAAUGACGUCAACAACGGCGUUUACAAGUCCGGCUUUGCAACCAGCCAAGAAGCAUACGAAAAGGCCGUCACGACCCUCUUCACCUCCCUCGACAAAAUCGAGGCUCACCUCGUUAAACAGCAGGCUGCUUCAAAGCCCUACUUCUUCGGCGAUGAGAUCACCGAGGCUGAUAUCAGACUCUUCACUACCAUCAUUCGCUUCGAUCCCGUCUACGUGCAGCACUUCAAGUGCAACCUCAAAGAUAUCCGCUCUGGAUUCCCGGCUAUUCAUCGCUGGGUCAGGAAGCUCUAUUGGGAUGUGCCCGCUUUCCAUGAUACUACUCAAUUCGAGCAUAUCAAGUUCCAUUAUACCAAGAGUCAUAAGCAGAUUAACCCGUUCGGUAUCACGCCCCUGGGACCGGUUCCUGAUAUCCUUCCCAAGGAAGAGGAGGUGGCUGUUGCACAGGUAGCCAAAUAG